CACACAGUUGCUCGUCGAGCUAAAAAAAAAUUUAUAGAAAACCUAAAAGAAUUUCUAUAAAAACAUUCUAUUGAGUCCCUCGAACGGAAUAUAUCUUCAUUCACCGCAGAUUUAUAAAAAUCCUUUGAAUUAUCUGUCAGCUGCUUUGGACUGGUUUAGGCAAAAGUAUUCAGAUAGUCGUAAGAACCAGAUAGACUAUUUUUUAAUUUUACAAAAUUUUAAAUUUGUAUAAAGGACCUCCAAAAAAAGCUAUAAGACCUAAAUUAAAACUCAGCUAAUACAUGGGCAGCAAGCGAUCUUUUAGCUCUCGCACAGAUGCUCCAUGCCAUCCAUUUGACCAGCAGAACUCGGAUGUGAUCCCCAGACCCUAUGAACUGAUGCGUCAGAGAAACUGCAAGACGGAGAAGUUCAUUCCAUGGGAGCGGUAUCCCUCCAUUAGGCCACCAGUGUCCAAGUGCAGUUACGAGAAGACCAAGAACUGGCUACUGGAAUCGGUGGAUCGGGGAGGCUGUUUGGAAAUCAGUGAUAAAGGGCAGGACGCUCUGAAGAUCUGGAAAAAUAGCCCCGACAAGAGUAGUCUCAAGUAUUACGGAGUGGCCGGUGGCUCUGAUCUUCCGGAGGCAGUUAGAUUCAACAGAACUUUGACAAGCAGCUUGAAGCAUGCCAGUGGCCUGAGGAGACCGGUUCGAUGUCCACCUGCUCCACCAGAGCCAAAAAGACCGCCACAACCAGCUCCAUUAUGUCGGCCCUACAUCCUCAACCGGGAGGCCCUGAAAGCCGAGCUCCAAAGAAUGCCCAUUGCCCGGCAGAAACUGCAUACCAAGGAGGCUUUUGGAACGCUAUUCUGUGAGAAGCAACCGGAUCCCAUGGAUCCCCUGGGAGUGGAUGCGGCCACCACUGGAGCGGUGAGCUUGAGAGAAGGCCUGGAUAUGGUGAAUCCAGAGAAGCCGCCAAAGGAGGGAUUGAGACGCCAUCACUGGUACUGCCCACCGAAAUGUGGCGAGCGGGAGAACAAGUGCACCGACUACCAGUGGGCCAAGUACAAGAUGGACUCGCGACCCGACGACGAGGCCUUCCAGAGGUGGUUCCUCCAGCAGAAGGCGCCACCGGCUAACGAGCCCCAUGACUACGAUGAGAUGUAUAGGCGAUUCCAGGCCUGCUUCGAGGUGAAACCCCAACCAGAUCCUGAAUGCUUGGCUAUGGCAAAGUGUUGUGCGAAUGUAAUCAAGGAUAUUAAGGAAGUGGUUGGUGGUGGUGGAGGUACCACCGGUGGAGGAGGCGGACCUAAUAAGGAAGGUAACAAAGGUCAACCUGGUGGUCCUGGUUCUGGUCCUGAUACAACUCCAGGUCCACGACCCAAACCUCCUCCAGAUGGUACAAAUCAGCCAGACAAAGAGAAGGUUGAAGGCGAUAAAAACAAGAAGGACAAGGUCAAGGAUAAAGAUAAGGACAAGGCUACUGGCCAAGAUAAAGAUACGAAAAAAGAAAAGGAUAAAGACGAGGAUAAAGGCGAUAAAAAGAAGGACAAAAAAGACAAGAAGGAAAAGAUCACUGAUCCAGAUAAAAACAUAGAAAAACCCAAAGAUACGGACAAAGAUCCGGACAAGAAUAAGGGAAAAAAGGACAAGGAAAAAGGCGAAGGUAAAGAUAAAGAGAAGGGCGAUCCCGAUAAGGAGAAACCCGAAUCGGGCAAGAAGACGAAGGAGGUUAAAGAUCCCGAUCAGGAGAAAACCAAACCACUGAAGCCCCUAAAGCCGCCCAAGGAACCCAAGGAACCAAUCCAAAGCAGAACCGAUACGUCCACUCGGGAAGGUACCUCCCUGGAUAGGGAUUCUGGUUUAAUACCACCGAUCAAAGAGGAAUGGGAAAAGCCUGAUAAAAGGCCUCCGCCAGCCAAAGGAGAAGUGACGGAGAAGCCGACGAAGCCACCAAGUAAGAAACCACCGAACAAGAAGCCACCGAAUAAAAAACCCACCAAGGGAAAGCCACCAAAAGUCGACGAGGGCGGGAAGAAGGACAAGGAGGAGCCAGCGGAGGAGUCGUGUCCCACCUGCCCUCCAGCCGACUGCCCCUGCUCCAUUUGCGACUGUCUGUAUGCCAAGAAGCUCCCCAUUUCGCCGGCCAUGAAAUCGGUUUUUGCCCAGGAGAAGGUGCGCAAAAUGAGGGAGUACCUCCGCCAGAUGCGCCACCGGGAGUACAUGGAGUGCGCGGGCCAAAAGCCCAUGGCCCCCCAGCACAAGGUGGACCCCAUCGACUGCGACAACUGCUUCUGCCUGGAUCCCAAGAUCUCCGAGUACUGCGAGUGCCUCGGAGCCCUGCAACAUCUGCAGCGACUGCUGGGCAAGAAGCGCCAUCCCAUCGUCAACAACGAGCUGCUCUUCAAUCUCGACGAUCUCCGCCAGAGAAUCGCCCAGCGAAUGUGCGAGUGCAUCUGAGAAGUCUCACUUUUAGGUCCGUUUUAUUGGCUUGUAUCCCUUGACACGUUUUAGUGUUUUUUCCAAAUUUUACAAUUGUAUAAUAAACGGUCGUUUUUGGUUAUAA